AUGGCUCCCAAUCCUAACCAUCCUCCAGCUCGGGGAGCCCCCCUUCCGAGCCGCUCCGUUUCGGGCCCACUUCCGCAAAGCCUGCCACCACGAGGCUCAGCUCCUGAAGUACCUGCCCGCCGCAGAGUCGUUUCAACAGUUGCUCGAAGUAACGCUAUCCGGCGGGCGGCUGGCCCAGAUGGCCCGACUCUGGAACUCAAGGACAUUGAAAUUAAUGGAGACCUAGUCACCCGUGCCCUUGGACUUAGCCCCACUCCUCCUCCAACCCCAAGGAUUGCCGACCAAGUUCCUCCAAUGAGGCCAUCAAACAUCGACUACAAUACCCUCCCUCUACCUCGUAUUCCCCAAGCUUCCUCAUCCAGCCGCCGCCAUGGAAUGCUAUUCCUUGCCCCUAGCUUCCCACUACCUCCUCUUCCUCAAGCUUCAUCAAGCAGCCGUCGUAAUGGAAUGCUUAUCCUUGCCCCUGAUGACCUUCCGGAUGAGCUACGCAACAUUAAACUAGAUGAUGAAAUGACCGAGGACGACCCAACUUGA